AUGACGACCUAUCUUCGCAAGACCAACAUGCGGCUCCUUGUCUUCCUUUGCUUCGAGAUAACCUGUACACACAACAGAGUUGCUCGCACAGCCUUCAUCCUUAUCCUUCCCAUUUUCACUACGCCUGCCGUCGUCGUCGGGCCAGCUUGGCUUAAUGCCAACAUGCGAGGCACAGAUCAUAGUGCCAUGACCAAUGCAUUGGCCGGUGCGGCCUCAACACUGGGGGCAUUUGUCAGCAGUUAUGCGUACCUCAACACCAAUCUCCCGCCCUACAUUAAGAGCAACUUGUCCAACUUUGCCAUGUUUGGCACCGCUAUCAUCGGUAGCAUUAUCCUCCUGCUAAACUUCAAGCAUGAGAACUACAGCGCGAAACAAAGGCUGUCGAUAUCUCCAGGCUCACUGAAGAGGAGGUAA